UCUCGGACCCAGUGCUGGCCGCCAGUUAAGUCCCCGCUUCCUGUCGCCGGUACCAUGGAGGCGGCGGUAGAAGCAGAAGUAGAAAACGAGGACGGCGACAGCAGCUGCGGGGAUGUGUGCUUCAUGGACAAAGGCCUGCAGAGCAUAUCAGAGUUAUCUUUAGAUUCAACCCUUCAUACCAUCAAUCUUCAUUGCAAUAACAUCUCCAAGAUCAAAGCCAUUGAUCAUGUUUGGAAUUUACGACAUUUAGAUCUGUCAUCUAAUCAAAUAAGUCAAAUUGAAGGGCUAAACACACUGACAAAACUAUGCACUUUGAAUUUGUCCUGCAAUUUGCUCACAAGAAUAGAAGGACUUGAAGCACUAAUUAAUCUGACUAAACUGAAUUUGUCUUAUAACCACAUAAAUGAUCUUAGUGGGUUGACGCUUCUUCGUGGACUAAAGUAUAAGCUUAGAUAUAUUGAUCUUCAUAGUAACUGUAUAGAUAGUAUCCAUCACUUACUUCAAUGUAUGGUAGGAUUGCACUUCUUGACAAAUCUUACUUUAGAGAAGGAUGGAGAGGGGAAUCCUGUCUGUCGUGUACCAGGAUACAGAGCAGUUAUUCUCCAAACUUUACCACAGCUUAGAAUUCUAGACUGCAAGAACAUAUUUGGUGAACCAGUAAAUAUGGCAGAAGUAAAUUCAUCACGCCUACAGUGCUUAGAAGGUCUUUUGGAUAACUUAGUUUCUUCUGAGUCUCCCCCAAAUAUAAGUGAAGAUGAGAUCCUUGAUAAUAUGCCAGUGGUAUCAUCGCCCAUCACAGAGUUAACUCCCUUGGAGCAGUUUGCAGAUACACCAGCAGAUACACAUGUUUUGACAUCGUUUUUAUCUGUGUGUCCAUCUUCUGAGCCAGAGAAAAUUAAUCAUGAAAAGGAAUUUCAGAAUGAGAGGAAACUCCAGAAAUUAGAUGAUCAGCUUUUACAUCUUCUUGAUGAUGCUUCUAGUACUUUAAUAGAUAAUGUUCCUGAAAAAGACCUGAGACCAAAAAGAGACACGGAUGUAACUUCUGAAAGUGAUUAUGGAAACAGAAAAGAAUGCAACAGAAAAAUUCCUCGAAGAUCAAAAAUCCCAUAUUAUGCCAGAAGUAUUCAAACUAUUAAGCAUCACAAUAGAAACAACAUUUUUGUAAGUUGUAAUCGUAAAAUAAAACAACCUUACUUUAAAGAUUUAUACGUAAGAUCAUCUUUAGCAAACUGUAAUUUUUUACAAGAAUUAGAAGAACAGAAGAAUGAAAUCAUUAAAGUAGAAAAUAACAUCGUAGAAGACAACACGUACCGGUCCCUUGUUGAACAGCUAGACCAAGAGAGAGAGAUGAGAUGGAAAGCUGAACAAGCUGAAAAGAAGCUUAUGGAGUAUAUUGAUGAACUGCAUAAACAAGCUAGUGAAAAGAAAGAUGUUCAUAGCUUGGCUCUACUUACCACAGACAGGCUAAAGGAUAUUAUUUUUAGAGAGAGAAAUGCCAAAGCACAACUCGAAAUUAUGGUUCACAAACUUCAAAAUGAAAUUAAAAAACUAACUAUUGAAUUAAUAAAAACAAGAGAUCAACAGGAGGAUCACAUUAGACACUUAAGAACCCUGGAAAAAGCAUUAGAAAAAAUGGAGAGACAAAAAGGGCAGCAGCAGGCGGCACAGAUAAGGCUUCUCCAAGAGGUGGAAAUCAAGGCUGCAGCUGCUGAUAGAGAAAUAAACUUACUUCGAACUUCCCUUCAUCAAGAAAAGGAACAAGUCCAACAACUUCAUGAACUUCUGGCAUUGAAAGAACAAGAACACAGGAAAGAACUUGAAACAAGGGAGUUUUUCAGUGAUGCUGAGUUCCAGGAUGCCUUAGCUAAAGAAAUAGCCAAAGAAGAGAGAAAACAUGAACAAGAAAUUAAAGAAUACCAUGAUAAAGUUGGUAUAUUAAACCAGCAAUAUUUGGAUUUAGAAAAUGAAUUCCGUAUUGCUUUAACUGUUGAAGCCAGAAGAUUUAAAGAGGUUAAAGAUGGUUUUGAAAAUGUUGCAACUGAGUUAGCCAAGAGCAAACAUGCUCUUAUUUGGGCUCAACGGAAAGAAAAUGAGUCUUCCUCUUUAAUUAAAGAUCUGACCUGUAUGGUGAAGGAACAAAAAACAAAACUCGCAGAAGUUUCCAAAUUAAAACAGGAAACAGCAGCAAAUUUACAGAAUCAAAUCAACACUCUUGAAAUUUUGAUUGAAGAUGACAAGCAGAAGAGUAUUCAAAUAGAACAACUCAAGCACGAAAAAGUCCAGCUUAUAUCUGAGCUAGCAGCCAAGGAAUCACUUAUUUAUGGUUUAAGGACAGAAAGAAAAGUAUGGGGACAUGAGCUGGCACAACAGGGAUCCACUCUAGCCCAGAAUCGUGGAAAAUUAGAGGCUCAAAUUGAAAGUUUAACUAGAGAGAAUGAAUCUCUAAGAAAGGGAAAUGAAAGGGAUAUUGAUGCAUUAAGAAUAAAGUGCAAAAUCAUUGAAGACCAAACUGAAACCAUUACAAAAUUAAAAGAUAGUGUACAAGAAAAAGAUGAGCAAAUCAGAGCAUUAAAAGAAAAAAUCACGGAAGUAGAAAAAUCUGCUCAAGAACAACUUGAUGAAAAAUGUGCACAGCUGGAUACUAUAAUUGAGAAAUUGGAAAGACACAAUGAAAGAAAGGAAAAACUAAAACAACAGUUGAAAACAAAGGAAUUAGAACUUGAAGAAAUUAGAAAAGCUUACAGUUCACUUAAUCAGAAAUGGCAUGAUAAAGGAGAACUUUUAUGUCACCUUGAAACGCAAGUAAAAGAAGCAAAAGUAAAAUUUGAAAACAAGGAAAAGAAACUUAAAGCUGAAAGAGACAAAAGUAUUGAACUACAAAAAGAUGCAAUGAAAAAGCUUCAUUGUCUGGAUGAUGCCUUUAAGAAACAAGUCGAUGCAAUUGUUGAAGCUCAUCAAGCUGAAAUAAUACAACUGGAAACUGAAAAGCAGAAAUGUAUUGAUUCUGCAAAUUUAAAGGUGCAUCAAGUUGAAGAAGAAAUGCGUGAACUUCUGGAAGAAACAUGCAAGAACAAAAAAGCAAUGGAAGAAAAAAUUAAGCAACUUGCUUGUGCUCUAAAUGAAAUUCAACAAGAUAUGUGAUGGUUCUGAGAACGAAUUUAAUUGAAAUGGACCCGUAGACCUAUUGUAAAAAUGAUUAAAUAUUGUAACAGUAGUAACUGCUAUGACUUUGAAAUGUCUCUUUCUACACAUUUCAUUUUGAAUAUAUUUUUAAAAGACUUUUGAUCAAAUAUUAAUUGUAUAUGUAGGUUUUUAUAAUAAAUUGUUGAUAAUUAUGUGUAUUAGAAAACCUAUUAUGAUAACUAGACUUACAACACUUUGUUGUUUCUGUGCUAUACAUUGUUUGGUAAUUACAUGUUUGCCUACAGAUUUGUAAAUGAAGAUUAGUAUUUUGACUAUAUGAGGGAAAAUAUUUUAAUCAUUGUUGUUAACAUUCUGUGUUAAUGAAGAAUUAUAUUUAUUGGUUAUCCUUUAGUUGAUGUAGCUCCAUUCUUUUAAAAUGCUUAUAAGAUGUAGCCAAGAAAUAUUUGAAAUUUGUAUGAUAAAAGAUGUGGCAUUCUUAAAGCAUAUGUAGCCAUCUCCACAUCACACCUACUACCACUAUUUAUAAUGCAUAUGACUUUUCAUUAAAGAUUGCAUUUAAGGUUUUAUUAAUAUUGUCUGUUCCAGAAGAAGAGCACUACUUUUCAUGCUCAUUCUCCAUAUUAGUCACUGUAUAAGAAGAGAGUUUUGAUUUUGCAACUGGAAACACUCAGAUCAUUAAUUGUUAUUUUAUUCUUGUCACCUCUUAAUGCUGUGUAUGCAGAAUGAACUCCUGAGUGCUAUGCCCUUAUAUUUCUGAAAGGAAACAAAAUAUAA